AUGACACUGUACAUUGAUACGAAGCUUACUGUUACAGAUACAGAUGUCGUAUCCACUGUAGGGUCUUGGCAUCCUUCCUUACCACUUCUCGCAAUCGGUUCCUAUCAUCAAGAGAAAGGUGGAUUUGUUACAAUUUUUCAGGAAAAUGGAAUUGCCUUAGAAGAUUGCGUAUGGCCAAUACUAUUUUCAAAUCAAGUAACUGCACUAGCUUGGCAUCCUACGAGAAAACUACUUGUGGUCGGUUGGGAUGGCGGCGAGCUGUACAUUUGGCUGGAAUAUGCGUGGGCGCGAUUGGAAGCUCCUCAUAAUGCAGCUCUAACAACGAUCGCCUUCAGUUUAGGAGGAGGAAGACUGUUAGCCUCAGAUGCUGCUGGAUCCCUUUCAGGGUGGCAGGCCAGCUCUGGUGCACCUUUGACGUCAUUCCAUCAUCAACUUGGUGAUGUUAUCACACACAUAACUUUUUGUUCACCACAACCAAGCAGUGAAUCUUCUAUCAGGGGCCUAGCUCGAGCAGCAGUAGCAGGAGACGAAAACGCGUUGGAUGCCCUUGCGGCUUGGAGGCCUCGUACUACCGCAAGGAUGAGGGAAGGUAUACAACCAGACAACCAUAGCUGCUAUGCUGCUCAAGAUAAUGGUGUUAUACUAUAUAUUGACAGUUCAGGAUCUUGUACAGAAGUCCUUAGUGCUCCAGGAAGUGUAAUAUUUAUGGGAAUCAUAAGCAACAUUUAUCUUCUAGUUGCCUGGGAGUCUGGGGGCGCCCUCAGCUUGACAAGGUUCCUCACAGCUGAAGAUGGUAUUCUAUCAUCUGAUACACAUGUAAGGAUGUCUGCUAGAAACGGUCAGAGUAUUGUUCUUUGUGGCAACUUUUAUGUUGCUGUUAUAACAGGAGGAAACUUGAUUAGAAUCUGGGACAGUGAGACAGGGGACAAUGAUGUCUUGCCCAAUGAACGGGAAGAUAUUGCAUCAGGAGAUACUUUGACAAGCAUUAACUAUUGUAGCUUAAGUGACACAUUGUGUUGUGGGACAUCUCAGGGAAAUAUAUACUUUUGGAGGAGAGACCACAGAAAUUCUUGGAAAUUGAUAAGCAGUACUACUGUAAAGGGAACUGUGAAAGAAGUAAGUUGGGGCUCAGAAGGUCUUAUGAACCCGUUGCUUCAUGUUAAUUGUAUCACAAGUGUGUAUUUACUUCGGGAGCAGCCUGUCUGCUGGGGGUAUUCACCUAAUGCGUGGAUGGUGCAAAAAUCAGCUCAUGAAAUAGCAGUUCUGAACGAUGCAAACAUAAACUCAAGCAUCAAGAGCACUAUUACAGUAAGAGCCUUAGCAUUUCAAGACCAAUAUGUGGCACUGGGAGAUGGGAAAGAGGUGCAGAUUUGGGUGUGCAAUAAAGACAAUGAAAUAAAAUUUACACUUUUGCGCUCGUUCCCUUGGAAAACUGAUGUUCUGAUCAUCUACAAUGACAUCUUGGUGGGUGUAGUUACUCCUCACAUUGAAUGCUACACCAUAACUGGCACAAGCCUUGGAAUUUUACCCAGCACUGAAGGCGAAGGUGAACCCAUAGGAAUUACAAACACCAACAAAUUUAUAGUUAUUGCGAGCAUGGAUGGCACUCUUAAAUUAGCUGAAAUUACGAAAAAAGGACUGCGAAUGCCAUAUCCGCCCAAAAAUUGUUAUCAAAUGAUUGAAGACUUUGGAGAAGUCAUGAGAGCUUCAGUAAACUGCACAGGUCGUUACAUUUGCCUCAGUCUAGCUAAUGCUGGGUUGGCGCCCGACCCUCGUCUCUAUCUGUGGGAUGUAGCGAAUGACGUUAUUACAAAUUCACUUCUCUCGGAAAACACUUCUCCGCCAUUCCAAAGCGUUCCAAUAGCAAUUGUGUGGGAUGCUAAUGAUCCCAGGAUCGUUGCAGUUCAUAUGCGCUCAGUAGAUUUUGAUCGUAUUCAUCUAUUUUUCUGCCAUGAAGGAAGUCUGUUUGAAUAUAAAAACUGGUGCUCUUCGCAAGAGUUGUUCACGUUGGACUUCAUGCUUUGCGCCCUCAGUACGCCGUACGUCGUAGUAUUGUCUCAACAGAAUAUUAAAAAAAUUAUUAUGCGGGAAUUUGAGGACUCCACCGAUCACGAAGACGCCGGCGUACGACAAGUAUUAGAUUUCUUGUAUUACAUAAUGACGGGUCACUUAGAAAAGGCAGUCGUUGUUGGAACAAACAUUUCAGGAAGUAAAGGUUCAGUUAUUUGGGACAGCUUGGCGAAAGAAUGUGUAGCGCGAAAACGACCUGACGUUGGAGCUGUGUGUCUCGGGAAGAUGGGGAACAUAAAAGGGGCUUUAAUGAUGCGCAAAGCCAUGAAUGACAACGAUAUUGAUGACACUUGCAAAGUCGGCAUUCUCGCAUUGAAUCUCGGCAUGACAGAUGAAGCUGAACUAUUGUUCAAAGAAGCUCAAAGACCUGAUCUGAUUACACGACUAGUAGCAGCUAAAGAAGGAGGGUUGAAUGAGAUAACAACAAGCGGUAACGACGGAGAGAAUGUACUGCUCGUAAAAAGUGCUCAGCACAAACUUGCCAAGGUUCUGUGGUCCAAUGGUGAAACUGGAUCUGCUCUGAAACUAUUUGAAAGUGCAGGCACACUUGUGCCUCAUGUCCCUCGCAUGCUUAUAGCCCAGGGACAAGCACCUGCCCUUGCGCAGUAUGUUUCCAGUUCAAAUGAUCCCACUCUUAUUACAUGGUGGGGUCACUACCUUGAAAGUAUUGGUGAUUUAGAUGGAGCUCUGGAGGCAUAUGGUCGUGCCCAUGAUUUUGGGGAGCAAACGAGACUCUUGUGUCAUAUGAACAAAUUAGAAGAAGCUGAAAAAUUGUGCCAGAAAAACAAACCUGCUAUGUAUCAAAUGGCAAGGUUUUUAGAAAUGCAGCCGGACAAUACUGAAAAAGUUGUAAAGUUAUACAUAAAAUGUGGAGCAGUAACGUCAGCUAUUCGUGUGGCUGCCGAGGCAACCGCUUGGAAUCUCGUUUGGCGCGCAGGAUCUGCAUCCGCAACCCACGCUUUGCACGCUGCAUCCAUUCUUGAGAACGCUGGACAAAAUGAACAAGCUAUUGCUUUGUAUCAGAAAGCAGGCAAACCGCAUAUGGCGCUAAAGCUAGCAAUUAACUGCGGAGACACAAACGCGAUGAUCGCAGCGGUGGAGUCAUUGGGUGAUCGCGUCGAUCCUGAGCAAGCGCACAUUCUUGCCUCCUAUUUGCGCGAGGCCGACCACCAUUCACACGCUGCUGCUUUAUUGGCUACAGCUGGAAAGUACGAAGAAGCACUAGACAUAGUAGAACAAUCGGCGACCCCACUAUCAGAGGAUCUGAGCGAGCGACUAGCGGCGCCAGCAGGCACUGCAGGCCGCGACGCGCUGCUGCGGCGGCUGGCUGACGUGUUGGGAGGAAGAGGAUUAUAUCAUCAGGCUGCUAAGCGGUUAGCCCAUGCUGGAGACAAGGCGGGAGCAAUGCGAUGGCUAAUGCGUUCAGGCGACGCAGACCGCAUAGCGACAUUUGCAGCUGCCACACGCGACCGGGCAGCACAACUCAUGGCAGCUGACUACUUAAGGAGGCAUUCUGACUGGCGCACACGACCAGAUUUGACCAGACACAUUCUGCAUUUCUAUACGAGGGCUAAGGCAUAUAACAAGUUAGCUGCAUUUUAUGCGGAGUGCGCUAAGACCGAGGUGGAUGAAUAUGGUAACUAUGAUAAAGCUCUGGAAGCAUUAAAAGAAGCAACCCGGUGUCUUUCGAAAUCGUCGGACCCCGAAACAGGGGUUCAGACAAUGGCUCUACAGGAGCAGGCAGCAUUCGUCAAACGAUUCUUGGAUAUGAAAAAGAGCUUAGAAGCUGGGGAACUUAAUGCAGGAAUAACAAGUGGCCAACAACUCCUUCGUGCUGUAAGCGGCCGGUCCGGUUUGGUUACGGAGGAAAAAGUGCUUAAGUUAAUAACACUGCUGGCGCCGAACCAUCCGGAUACCCCACAAUUUGAACUACAACUGAAGGCGUUACAGCAGAACCCAGAAGAAAAAAGCCUGUCCACAGAUUCCCCGGAUCAGAGCAUCGAAGAGAUUAUUUAGUUUUUGUUAAAACUAAUAUAUUUGUGAUUUAUGUAAAAAUAAU